AAAAAAAAAAGUUGCAUAAUAGAUUUAUGAUCUUUUUCCCGCCCCAUAUAAUAAAUGUUACAAGUAUAUUAUAAUUCUUCGCAUUUUUAUAUAAAAUCCUUGCUUUUAUAGUUGUACUACUCUGUUCACUGUUCACUUAUUCAGGAAGGAGGAGAGAGAAGAACGACGCAAACCCACAUCCAUGGCGUUUUCACGAUCAAUUUAACGAAAUCUCAAUCGUGUUUUACUGCUUUGAAAUGGAUAGACAUAAUAUGUUGGAGCUCACUCUCAAUGAGAUCCUUCAUGUUGUCAACCCCUUGAGGGAGGAUCUGGAAACAAGAAUGCAGAUAAUUGAUGGGUUACGAGAUGCUAUCAGUACAGUUGAUAGUUUGAGAGGUGCUACCGUGGAACCAUUUGGGUCUUUCGUGUCUCAGCUCUUCACACGCUGGGGAGAUCUGGAUAUUUCAAUCGAGUUAUCGAAUGGGUCAUAUAUUGCCGUUGCUGCCAGGAAGCUUAAGCAAACUUUAUUGGGGGAUGUACUGAAAGCAUUGCGCAGGACAGGCACCUUUAGGAGGUUGCAGUCUGUAUCGCAUGCCAGAGUUCCUAUUCUGAAACUUGAGAGCAAAUAUCAGAACAUCUCCUGUGACAUUUCUAUCAAUAACAUAUCAGGGAAGAUGAAAUCUAAAUUUUUGCUGUGGAUAAGUCUUAUUGAUCGUCGUUUCCGGGAUAUGGUUUUGCUGGUCAAGGAGUGGGCAAAAGCAAACAAUAUCAAUAGUUCAAAAACUGGGACAUUUAACUCAUAUUCACUGUCCUUACUUAUCAUCUUCCAUUUUCAGACGUGUCUUCCAGCAAUUUUGCCUCCACUCAAAGAUUUGUACCCUGGGAACAUGGCUGAUGAACUUAUAGGGAUAAGAGCUGAUGUAGAAGGACGUAUUGAAGAAGUAUCUCUCAGUAAUAUUGCUAAAUUUAGAAAAGAGAGAAGAGUUAACCGCAGCAGCUUGUCUGAGCUCUUUACUUCUUUCCUGGCUAAGUUCUCUGACAUUAGUACAAGGGCGACAGAGCAAGGCAUUUCUACAUACACUGGAAGAUGGGAAGACAUACACUCAACCACACGAUGGCUCCCCAAAACAUAUGCAAUAUUUAUUGAAGAUCCUUUUGAGCAACCUGAAAAUACUGCAAGAGCUGUUACGACCAAUCAGCUGGCAAGAAUAUCUGAAGUGUUCACAAACACCUACCAUAGAAUUGUUGCUCCUAAUCAGACCCGAAAUACUCUUAUCCCUGCUUUAGUAAGGUAUGAAAUUUCCCAAUUUUUCCCUGGAGUGGCAUUUGGAACUUCGACGACCUAUGGUGGGGCCUAUUCAAGGGCGAAUCAGAAUGUACGUAACAACUCUAGCAACUAUUAUGCCACACAAUCUCAGCAUCGAUUUCAGAGGACAAGGCAACCGAGUCACCCGAACAAUAUGACUCCACAGAAGGCAAGGCAAGUUUUUCAAGGACAAGCUCUUACAAAGAACCAACAGUCGCCAAAGAGUAAUCCUCGAAAUCGGCCUAGAGUGACCAGAGAAACUGCUAUGCCAUCUGAAGGACAAGCUCAGAAGCCGCCACAUACUUUAAAGCCUGGUCAAGUCAGCAAUGUGGCCUCACAGCAACCUGUUCAGGCAACUCCACGGCAACCUCAACAAGUUUGGCGUCCUAAACAAUCUGAUAAUUAGCAGUCACGUGGUGGAACUUUUUUCAGUUUGAUCUGACAUAGCUUCACGAAAUUGUCAUUCCACAGUGAAGAAUUCAAUCUGAAUGGAUUUAGGAAUGAAAUAGUUUCAACAUAUAUUGGGAACAAUUCCAGCAAUGACGCAAAAAGAUCAACAUACGACAAUGUAUUAGGAAUAUUUCCGAAUUAUUUGUCCCAUACAAAUCAUUGAGUGUCGAAAAAUGACACAUUUCUCAAAGUAACCCUUGAGUUGAAAA